CAGGGGAAAACAUAUCUGUUCUCCUAAUAUAAAACCAAAUUCCAUUUACUAAAAUGUAUAUAACAUAUUUAUACAGAAUAGAACAACCUUCUAAUUAAUUAGUUUUUAUUUGAUCUCAUAAACAAAUAUAUUUUAGUCACAAUUUAAUAUUUUUAGUGUAUUUAUUGAGAUGGAAUCAAAUGUGGUACAUAAAAACCUAAGACUAAAUAUUGAUAAAGUCGUCUUUAUUAUUCUUUUUUUUUUUUUUAAUAUAUGACAAGUUUUUGCGUAAUUAUAAAAUUUUAUGUAACUAUUUUUUUACAAUACCGGCCCAUGCUGAUGCUUUUUAUUUUUUAGUUAUGAUAAAAAGGCAUAUUUGAAACUGUAAACUAUUUAAGAAAGAUUUCCUCAAAUGCAGUCGCGCGCGUUAGCUGACGUCACCACGAAAGAAAACAUCCAAACUUUCGAGCCUCACUCGAACUCAUCUGAAGUUUGAGUUAGCUUUUACGGGCGCGCAAACCGAAACAGGCGGUUCCGGACGGGACGGUUCGGGCUCGUUCUGCGUGUUUGUGUUUGUUUCGACUAUUGUCGGCGUCACGCGGAGCUGAACACUUGCUGUUGUCCGACAGUAACGUUCACUGGCACACAGACCUGACCUAGAAUUGCUACUUAGAAUUGGGCGAAACCAUCGCUCAAAAGCGAAGGGGGAAGACGGCAGGAAAUUUUGACUGGGAUGUAAUGGAGUAGGACCACUGGAAAGCUGAGGCGAAAGAGGGGGGGAAGACAUUUUCCUAUAUUAUCAUGUUAUCAUGAUAAUGUUGUGAUUUGAUAUGUGUGUGGCUCAAAACCCGCCUUUGACCAAAAUGGAAAUUAAAGGAGGAGGGAAAAAAAUCAGGUGAGUGUUUCCUUUUACACAUCUAGCAGGAAAGUGACGCUACCACGGCUCGCCUCCUGGCAACGGGCACACGCGGGUCCUCCUCCCGGGGACAUCUCACUCCGGUAUCCGUUCUUCUCUGCCCCUGUCCCCGAAGACAGGCUAGCAAAACCCACGUCGCGUCUGGCCUCAUUGAGAGACGGCAUAUGUGGGUUCUUCCAGCGCCGCGGUGGCGGAUUAUUCACGAUGUUUUCAGCACGGCGUAAAACCCGCGGAGAAAUAUUGGUUUUUACCCCAUUAUACUGGAGGACCGCCCGUGCUUAGUGAAAAUGAAAAAAGGAUACAAUGCAGCAUGCAUGGUGUGCAUUCUUCGGGAGCGCCACAUCGUUGGUGUGAAUGACUUGUGGCUGUAGGUCGUCGUGAGUGGGCCACGUUCUCGCACAAGCCUCCGUGGCCGGCUGGCGGGCUGGCUGGCUGGGAGGACUCGAGUGGAGAGCAGACAUCAGUGCCCAGGGGACUUGAGGCCUGGUUCUCCAUAUGAGGCCCUGCUGAAAGGGCAGGGGGGCUUCUGAGUGCGCCUGAGGGCCGUUGAAAGCCCCCUUGGGGGAGUUUCAUAAACACACAAAGAAAAAGAAAACCCUUUCGGACUAUUGUUUUUGUUUUUACACACACUCUUUUUCUCACACACACACAUACAUACACUCACACACACUUGCACCUACACACCCACCCACACCCACAGACAAGGACAUAGAGAAUAUGUUGGAGGUCCAAGAGGAGAGGCCAGCGGCGGCAGGUACAGCAGCGACACACUUCAGCAAGAAGGAGCGAGGGAAGAAAGAGCGAGAGGAGGCCAAGGACGGUCGAGGGAACCUAUCGAACAUCGGGAAUCCUGUUCCGCCUUCCAGGAACGUGCGUUCAAAGGGGCCACUCACACACACAGGCAGCCCCCACCAGCUCAUCACUCCUCCCUGUUCUGUAGUCCUGGGAACCCCAUCAAUGCACUCCAAUAGGCUAAAGAACUCCCCGUCCGCCAACACACAGAGAAGACGGAGGCCAUGGUACGAUCACCUCCUGUCAUGUCCCCUUCCACUGCCGCCCAGAUGGACUCUAAAAUACCCAACCAGGGUGGAAUGGGGCUGAAGAAUGGCCAGGGCCUGACGUCUGGUCCCAGCGCCAAGGGUAAAGUCAAACGAGAGAGGAGCACCUCCGUGGAGUCGUUCGAGCAACCGGACAGCGGCACUCCCACUAGCGAGGAAAAAGAUGGUAGCAGGGUGAAGAGGAUGUGUGUUGCAGAGAGGCGGCAGCCAUACAGCGGAGCUGACUGGUGCUCUGGGGGAGAAAGCGAUGAAGAUGACAAAGGAUUCUUCAACUGUAAUUCCAGUGAUAUGAAGCCCCAGGACUCUGUCACACAUUCUACCUCCAACGCCGGACUCAGUCGAUCCUCCACACCUUCCCAUAAUACACUGGGAGGCCAAGGCUCCACGACAGAACCUGCUAGCGGCCAGAAAUCGGGCUCAAAACUUGUUUAUGUUUUCACCACGGAAAUGGCCAACAAGGCAGCUGAUGCAGUUCUAACUGGCCAUACAGAAAACAUCAUUGCCUUCCACAUGAAAAACAUCUCCAACAGCAAGGACAAAGCUCACCUCCUUUUGAACAAUGCAGCUGGCAUACUACGAAAUGAUUCCAAGCCUCCACAGCAGCCUCCGUCCCAUACACAAGACCCAAGCCACCCGCCUGGGUCCAAACCGUCCUUAUCUGGAAUUGCAGAGACAGCAACAACCCCGUCUUCAAAUCAGGGGAACCAAACCAGUGUUCUUUCGCAGGAAGGCUCGUCCUCAUCGGGCUUGGAAUCUAAAAAUAUUCAAGGCAGUAGCCCCAGUAACACCGCAGCCUCAGCUGACCAGGCCCCCAUCCCCCAGUCUGAGGCAGGCCUCAACCCCCCAACAUCAGAAGGGGGGCAGGGUGGGGGUUCUGGUGGGGCGGGUCUGACGCCCCAACAGCAGCAGCAUCAGCUGGCCCAGGAGCUGCUAAACAUGGAAGCUAACACAGAGGGUCUGUCCCAAGAACAACUGGAACACCGCCAGCGAUCGCUGCAAACGUUACGAGAUAUUCAGCGCAUGCUCUUCCCUGAUGACCGUGAUGCCCCACCGCCUGGGCCCCCGCAGCCACAUGGGGGACCCCACGACGGUGGCCCUGAUGCUCCCCGUAGACCUGAGCAGGGUCCCCUGCAGGCCAUGAUGGCUCAGUCUCAGAGCCUGGGACCGCCAGGUGGACCAGGAGGACCUCGUCCACAAGGUCCACCCUUCGGUCCGCCUCAUGGUCCGAGGGACAUGCCCCCAUUUCCACAAGAUGAAAUGGGUCCACACAUGGGGGGUCCAGGCAGCUGUGGAGAAGGGGAUCAGAUGACUCCUGAACAGGUGGCCUGGUUGAAAUUACAACAGGAAUUUUAUGAGGAGAAGAGGAAGAAGCAAGAAAUGCAACACCGGCCACUUCCGCCUGACAUGAUGAUGCACCCUCAUGGCCCACGUGGCAUGAUGCGAGGCCCCCCACCUCCCUACCAAAUGGGCCCAGGAGAAAUGUGGGGAGGUCCAGGUGGUCCAGGUCCAGAUCAUUACCCAGAGCGGAUGGGCAUGGGCCCUGGUCCAAGAGUCAUGCCGCCACAUAUGCAGAGGAUGCCUGGCUUCUCUGGUAUUAUGAAUCCUGAGAUGGAGGGCCCCCCAAGGCCAGGAAUGGGCUGGUCCGAUGAUAUGCCUCACAGGAUGGCUGACGGACGAGGCUUCCCCGGAGGACCUGGGGGAAUGUUUCCUGGUCCAGGUGCUCGCGGUGAACGUUUUCCAAACCCUCAGUCAGUCCAAGAAGCAAUGUUCAACCAAGGAAUGGGGGGAGAGAAAGGCCUCCCUCCUGGAAUGAUGAUGGAUGUGCAGAGGAUGAUGGGGCACCAAAGAGGUGGAAUGGAGCCUGGCAAUGGCAUGGGAAUGUUUCCUCGAAUACCUGGUGAUGGCCCAAUAAGCCCAUCGUCAAGGCUCCAAGGAAUAGGGGGCAGGGAAAUGGGGCCUGACUUUGGCAUGGGGCCUGGCCCCGGGCCAGGACCUCACAUGCACCCCUCUAAACUACGAGACCCCCCAAUGAAUAUGAGUCCAGAUGAAAUGAUGAGGAUGAGAGGUGGUGGAGGACCUCCUAUGGAGAACAUGGGUCCACAAGGCAGGCCUAUGCAGGUUCCUCCUUUUGCUGAGCAGACGCCGUCGGGAGACUUUCCAAUGGGACCUGGUCGACCCUUCCCGGGGGGCCCUGGUGGAAUGAGGGGUCCACAUGCAGACCAAGCAUUUGGGCCGGAGCACAGAUCCACACCAACAGGAGGUAAUGGUCGUAUUAACCACCUACCCUCAGCUGGUGGUCCUGCACAAGGCCAGAGAGGCCGCAAGCCAGCAGACCUGAAUGUCCAAGCAGGAGGGGGGAAUUCUCCCAGCGUUAAUCCGCUCAAGUCUCCGCCCCUGAGGCAAGUUCAGUCUCCGAUGAUGGGCUCUCCCUCUGGAAACCUCAAAUCGCCUCAAACGCCGUCCCAGCUAGCUGGCAUGCUCACCGGUCCUGCAGGCUCCACCGCUCCGCCAGCACCUCCGACAUCUGCGCCGAUGAAGUCUCCCCACUCGAUGAUGGGAUCCGCAGGUGCCUCUCCUGUUCACAUGAGGUCCCCCUCUCUUCCAAACCCCUCUCCGGGAUGGGCUUCUUCUCCAAAACCACCCAUGCAGAGCCCUGGGGUGCCCCCUCAGGGUGGCAAACCUCCACUCAGCAUCACUUCACCAAACAUGAUGGGGGGCAUGGAGCAAGGUGGAAAUGGUCCUCCAUCAGCGCCUCCUUCAGGUCCUGCUCCAGGCUCUAUGUCACUCCCCGGCAGUGUCCAGUCGGGAAGUCCGUACACCAUACCACCAGAACCAACACUAUCCCAGAACCCUCUGUCAAUCAUGAUGUCACGCAUGUCCAAAUUUGCAAUGCCGAGUUCCACCCCACUCUACCACGAUGCCAUAAAAACCGUUGCCAGCUCUGAUGAUGACUCUCCUCCCGCUCGUUCUCCCAACCUGCCUUCAGUAAACAAUAACGGUAUGGCGAUGAAUCACCAAGGAAAUCCACGUAUGAUGGGGCCUGGAAAUGUCGGACCCAUGUCUGCCCUCAGCCCCAUAGGUAUUAAUGCGGUGGGAUCGCAGCCUCUGUCCCACGGCAUGCCCCACCAGAUGCCUUCUCCCAAUGCUCCUAAUAUGGGUCCAGGCAUGAUGUCUCACGGGAUGAUGAUGCCACCAAAUCCCCAGGACCCCGGUAUGGGUAACCCUCAAAUGAUGCCCCAGGGACGAAUGGGUUACGCUCAUCAAAGGCAGGGAUACCCCCUCACUCAGUCCCCUUCACAGCAAGGCCCCUUUUCCCCACACAAUGGCCCCGGUCCCCAAGGAUUUCCCGGUCAUCCUAUGGGCUUCCAGGGCGAGGGAGGACCUAUGGGUGGAAGGCUCGGAAACAUGCCCCAUGGAGGAGGGGGCGAUGGUGGCAUGUGUAAGCCCAACACUCCCGGCGGUCCAGAGUUCAACAACAUGCAAGGCGGAUUCAGCGACGCAGAUCUGCACGAGGUGAUGCGGCCGGGAGCUUCUGGCAUCCCUGAGUUUGAUCUGUCUAGGAUAAUCCCAUCAGAGAAACCCAGCCAGACUCUGUCUUACUUCCCGCGAGGUGGAGGAGACAACCCUGGGGGGAAGCCGCCACACCCCUCUGGCUUCCCCAUGCAGGGGAUGAUAGGCGACGGCCCUCCGAGGAUGGGAAUGCCCAUGCAAGGGAUGGGGGGGAUGUCAGGGGGCCCCGGUGGAGGAAUGGGUCCCCAAGAAAUGCCGAUGGGCAACCCAGGCCACAACUCAAUGCGGCCGCCAUUCAUGGGCCAAGGCAUGAUGGGUCCCCAGCAUCGGAUGAUGUCUCCUGGGGGCCCGGGGGGGAUGAUGCAGGGGAGACAAAUGCCUCAUCCCGGCCCAGGCAACUCACCUAACAUGAUGAUGUCACUUCAGGGCAUGGGGGGCCCUCCUCAGCAGACAAUGAUGAUGGGGGGUCAGAUGCGGCCCCGCGACAUGGACAUGGGGUUCAGUCCGGGCCCCGGAAUGUUCUAAUCCAUUAGGAACAUUGUAAUUAGAAUGUUCUUGGACUAUACACACGGAUGGAAUACCGAUCAUGGAGGAUAAGCAAGUGUUACGGAAGCGAAUGAACUCAAAUACAUGAGCUAAAAACACAAAAGUGUACCCAUGAAAUGAACAGAAUGGGGGCUCAGCUGACAUCUGGAAAUGUCACGUUGAAACUGUUUCAGCCGAGACUCAGAUGGACCCAGUUUGGAGUAAUUUUGUCACAAGAACAAUUAAAUUUUUACUCAAGAACUGCAGAAUGUAUGGGAUUGUUGUGCAUCACAGAAACUGUUCAUGUGGUUUUUUUUGAUUAUCUGACUAUAAAGAUGACUUCCACAUCAAAGAGGAAUCAACCUAACUAAAAGUCAGCGUGGAGAUGCUACAGUAUGUCUACUUUUUUCAAAUUAAAGAAAAAAAAAACAGUUUUGUCAUGAAAGUGGUAUGGAACAAGAGGAAGGAAGAAGAAUUUGAGCUUUGUGAAGACUUUAGUGGAAAUCCAUCUUGUCUCUGGCUCCAUAGUUUUGACUGUUUCUGUACAGUGUAUACGUGAGAGUGUGUUUGUGUGUGACGGCUUGAGUGUGUGGUAUGUAUGUUUGUGUCUGUAUGUAUAGGCAUUCUAUCAGUGACCUCUCAGCUCCUCUUGCCCAUCUUUCAUUGGGGGAGGAAGGCCCCCUAAAAUACUGUACUGUUUACCAUUGGUGGGCUAUUCAAAUUUUAGUCUAUUUUAAUUUUCUUUGUAACUCCAGUGUAUAACAAACCAAACUAUGACCUCAUUAAGAUAAUAGUAUUAUUAAAAAAAGCACAAACAUGGACCAUCUGCAGAAAGCGUCUUCUUUCUCUAUUUUUACCACGAGAGCGACACUCAGCGUGAAGAUCCUGGCAGCUUUGCGGCACCACGAUCAACUCCAGUCCAUUUCAAGUUCUGGACGACACCCAGCUCUGCUCCGUUUCAGGACUCGCCUUUCCCAAGCGUGAAUAACAUUGCUAAUACCCAGAUGUGCUUCUGUGUGUUCUUGUUCCUGUUGUGUUUCCUGUUUUGUUUUGACUCUUGUUGACUCUGGGUAAUAAUCAUUCCCACAGCAAUAAUCCCCCAGUGGUCGGCAGAUUGGGACGGGAGUGGCUAAUGCGAGAGCAGGUUUGCCAGGUAUUCUAGAAAUAGAGGUAGGUAGAUCUACGUUUAGUGAGGCGAGUGCGGUGUCCGGAGUGAGACACAAAGAAAUGUAAACACGUACUGCUUACCAUCCAGUUGACUUCCUCUCUUUUCUCUAUUGUAUAAGCUUGUCAUGUGUUUCUCCAUUGGCUUUGGUGCAGAAUAGCCUACCAGGGCUGUGGUGAUGGACUACAAAUAAAAGAUAUUGUUUUGGUAUAUA